AUGGGGCAAAUACGAUUCUCAGGGCUACAACGAGAGGUCCUGAGCUUGUACCGCCAGUGCUUCAGAGAAAUUCGCAAAAAGCCUAUUAAUUCCCAGAGUAACUUCAAACAAUUGGCCAGGGAUGAAUUCCGGAAAAAUCAAGCCAUAAGCAAAAAGGAUUUUGCCGCCAUUGAGUUUCUGCUGAGGAAAGGUCACCGCCAGGUGGAGAUGUAUUCUUCGCCAGCCAUCCGAAAUGUUACACGGUGA